GGCCGUAACUACUAAGUCCAAAUACGCAGGCCACGUGUUAAAACAUGAAUGGUACAAAAUCAAAUGCUUGUUGCUUUGGCGGAUUUUGCCUGUUAAAUAUGCUCUCUGCAGUACUGAUACAAACUGAUCAGACGUGUCAGCUAUCUUCUCUCUCUCUCACUACUAUUUCUUGGUUGAAGAAGAUGAAGUGCAAAAGAUCCAUGGAAGCUACUCAUCCCCCUCCACAGUUGCCAUCUCUCUCCGAUCUUGAAGCUCGGAUGCAAAUCCUUCGUGUGUCUGCCUUUGAAGAAAACAAAGGAGAUGAUGAUACUUUUGCUCAACGAGCUGAAUGGUUUUACCAGAGACGACCCCUCCUUCUCUCGCUUUGUCUUGACCUCUACAACGGCUACAUUACUCUCCUGGGUCGUUCUUCUCAUCCUACCAAACCGAAUCUGCAGCUGCUUAAACCCACAAUCUCUCGUCCUAAUCACCCUCUCCAAGAUGAAGACGACGACGACUGCAUUUCAGACAUUGAUUCCGUCAGUGAGAUCAGUUUCGACAGCAACUUAUCUUUUCAACAACAGAGGCAAGAAGAUUCUUCUGGGGUUUCAGAGAAAGUGGAUGAGCUUGUAUCCCAACUGGUGACCGCAAACUUGGACAAAGAGAUUGUGCAACACGAGUUACUUUACAAAGAGCAGCAGUUUCACGAAGCCUCCAAGACUAUAGAGCUGUUGAAGAAGUUCGUCAUGUUGCUGGAGAUGGAGAAGGAAGUAGCUGUUGAGGAAAACGCUAAUCUUGGCUACAAGCUCACUUCUCUCUUGGAGGAGAACAGAGAGCUUGCCACAGAGGCGUUGUUCAUGAAGAACGAAGCUGUUGGGCUCGCUCGGUGUGUCCUUAAGAUGAGAGAUGAUCAUUUUAACAAAGUCUGCCUUCUCCAGAACCGCAUCUACUCGCUUCAGGCAUCGAGGGACUCGGAGCCCGCCUAUGAUAAGGUUUCAUCGGGAUGCUUUGGCCUGGAUAAGUAUAAGACCAAGAAGAAGAAGGAGAACAAAACCGAAGAGAAAACUGGAUUGAAGUGGUUGAAGAAGCUCAACAACAUUAACCUGUUUACAAAGCCAUCAGCUGCUGCUCCAUCAUGCUGCACCUUCAACUUACCUAAUUAGCUUAAUCCUUUGGUGUAUUAGUAUACUAUGAAAAAUGCAUACACGACUCUGUGUGUAUGCUCUAUCGCUUUAUUAUGUGUAAUGCUUUUCAGUGCAUCGCCCCGAUGCACAGUUUGUUGUAGCCCGCAAACAAUGUGUGACUCCUUGAUCCACAGUUUGUUGUAGCCCGCAAACAAUGUGUGACUCCUUGAUCCACAUAUGUAUGGUUUUCAUGACUCACUUAUCUGGUUAAACACAACAAUGUCAUGACC